GCGAUCAUUCGCAAAUUUAAGUUACCGGCGGGUUGUCCAGCAACGAUACGUACAUACGUUACCAUAUGGAGACUGUAGAAACGAGUUAUCGUAUACAGAUCGUUUUUGUUCAUAAUAUACGCAGUCUCCAUACUUGAUUCAGCCCCCUCUUUGGAGUUUUUGGCAAUCUUUCCUCUAAUCUUCUUGAACACCACGGUGUCGAAGACGAAGACAGUAACGACAAGCAUAAGAGACUGUAAGCGAUGGCGGACGCCAAUAGACGCUAUCUUCGUUGCUUAUGCCGUGUCUAUCUUGUACCGUGCUUUCCUUUGAAGGCUCACUAAAAAUACACGAGAGAGAAAAAUAAGCAACUGCUUGGCGGUCAUGGAUUUAUUUCUUUUGACAUAUAAAUCAUUUUUUCGUUAUUGCAGUUUUUGAAAUUAAUUACAAAGGCUCAAGGAAAAUGGAAUUAGGUGGAAUAGGUAUAGGUAUGGGUGUAGGUAUUGGAAUCGGCGUUGGUUCAUCACCUCCUCCUUCAACAACAAGCACUGUAAAUCCAAAAAAGAAGAGACGUACCAAUGCAAAUAAUACUCAAUCAGUAGCACAACGUGCUCCGACAAUACAAGAUUUUGUGCCCCCACCAUUAUCAGGCUUUGGUGAUACAGUUGUGGCUAGUAAUCCAUUCGACGAUACUCCUUCGGCUGGUCUAAAUACUGGUAUGCACAAUGGUCCACAACAAAUGCUUCCUCAUCAUCCUCAUCAUAUGGGAAAUCCACAAUUACGAGGUAUGAAUCCUAUGUCAAGUGGCAAUAUGAAUCCUAUGAUGCCUCACAUGGGUGGAGUAAAUUCGAUGAAUAACCCUGGAAUGGGCAAUCAUAUGGGUCACAUAGGCAACAUACCUAAUGCAAAUCUGCCACCUGUUAAUAGUAUGAAUCCAAUGAAUAAUAUGCGUUCAAACAUGCCACAAGGUAACAUGCCUCCUAUGAAUAAUCAUAUGAGCAUGAAUCAUAUGAUGAAUUCACCUAUAAGUGGUCCAACACUGAAUAGUCCAAUGAAUGGAAUGAAUCACAAUUUAGGUAGCCCAAUGGGAGGCCCAAUAGGCUCACCUAUAAAUAAUAUGAGUCCAAAUCAUAUGGCUAGUAGUACGAUGAGCGUUUCAGGAAUCAAUCCAGCAAAUGCUGGUCUUCCGCAUAAUGCACCUCAGCCUCAUCCAAAUCAUUUGAACAAUAUACGGAUGAACAGACCACACAAUAUGCCUAUGACAGCAAUCACUCCAACAGUGCCUAAUCCUAUGUUGGGUAACAAUCAAUUGAAUAAUAUAAGCAUGAUCAGAUCUCAGAUCAAUAACAUGCAAAAUAUUAAUAUGAAUCAACGUAAUCAAAUGGGACAUUUAGGGAACCCCAUGGGUAAUGUACCUAACAAUUUAAGUGGGAAAUCUCCUAGUCAUGAUAUGAACAUCAGCAAUGCACUGCCUCAACAUCGCCUUCAAGCUCCAUCCCUUGGACCUAAACCAAUACCAGAAUCAACUGGUAAAGUAUAUCCACCAGAUCAACCAAUGGUGUUCAAUCAUCAAAAUCCCAAUGCACCACCAAUUUCGCCAUGUGGAGUUUGCCAUAAAGAAGUACAUGCCAAUGACCAAGCUAUUCUUUGUGAAUCAGGGUGCAAUUUUUGGUUUCAUAGACGAUGUACAGGACUGACUGAAGUGGCUUUUGAGUUAAUAAUGAGUGAAGUUUGUGCUGAAUGGGCUUGCGAUAGGUGUAUGUCAUCAAAAAAUGUAUCAUUGGUUAAGUUUAAGCCAUAGUGUAUUGUUAUUAUCUUUUCAAGUUUUUAUCAAUAUCUUUAUAUAACAUGUAUACAUAUUUCGACAUCUAAAAUAAUUUUUUAAAAAAUUGACUCCAUA